AUGGCUCCUACAAAGCGGACUGCCUGCAAAUGGACCGGUAAAGCAGCCAGGAAGCAGCUGGCUAUAAAAGCCGCUGGCAAGAGUACACCCUCUACUGGAGGGGUGAGGAAACCUCAUCGUUACAGGCCUGGUACUGUGGCACUCCGGGAAAUCAGACAUUACCAGAAGUCCACCGAACUUCUGAUUCGCAAACUUCGCCUCCCGCCUCUGGUGCGAGAAAUUGCUCAGGACUUGAAAACAGAACUAGGCUUCCGGAGUGCAGCUUUCCGUGCUUUGCAGGAGGCAAGUGCCGCCCAUCUGGUUGGCCUUUUUGAAGACAGCAACCUGUGUGCUAUCCAUGCCAAACGUGUAACGAUUAUGCCAAAAGACAUCCAGCUAGCAGGCCACAUAAAUGGAAAACGUGCCUAA